GUUAAAUAAGAUUUUAAAAAAUACACAAGCAGGGAUGAACAAUAUAAACAGAUAAGUAUGUUAAAACAUGCAUGUCCAUGUGUUUCUAUAGUGAGAGAAACCACUGUGCAGAUGUUCCAGGAAUGAAGGAUUUGACGGGAUCGCAUCGUAUGAGCAGAAUUGUCGAUUGAAUCAUUUUUAAAGUUUCCAUGUUCCAAAUGCUUUGUGGUGACAUCUAGUGGUUUUACAAUCAAGCACAAUGCAUUCCCCAGCUUGGAAAUUUUGGCAACUAUUUUUAUCCUGUUGUGGAAUCUGGAAUUUCUUUUCUUCACAAUUGUAUUUCUAUUAUAUUCUUUAUUCUUUUUCAUUAACUCAGGCCAUUCCUGUUUUGCAUCGUACUUCCCUACUUGCUUUUUCUUUCCAUCGUUGUCAUCAAGAGUUAACCUGGCCAGGUGAGCAGGUCCGGUAGGUGUUUCCGAUCAGGACUUGUUCGACGGGAGUGAUGUCACAAACGAGUGGCUCUAAUGACAUCACCGUAGGCAAAGCAUUUUCUCUGCAAUGAACGCACCACACAUGAUGAGAAAAUCUUCAAUAUUUCCCCUUGUGCCUUUCGCCGUGUUUCCUCCUCCUGUAAAAACAAUUAGUGUGCAACACACGUGUGCAUUUGUGGUAAAUUCCCCCUCACUCCACUAUAAGAGGAGGCAGCAUGGAGACACAUAGGCACAUUUCUUCCAAGACUCUUCAUCUGAAUAGCACACACAAACCCACUAGACCACCACGAUGAUGAAGAUGCUGCUCCUCCUGCUCAGCUGUCUGAGUCCACUCGUGGAGAGCCGAACCCUGAGCUUGGCCAGCUGUUCUGUCACUGUUCACAUACAUGAACUGCGGCAAUAUUACAAUGACAUACGAUUAGAUGUGAUAGAAAGCGACACUGAUAUCGGAGUCAAACUUCUGGACAGAUCAUUGAUGACGAAGGUUCCGAACGGUCAGGCGUGCUGCUUCGUGCGUCUUUUGCUCCGUUUCUACAUCGAGAGGGUGUUCAGCAACUACGCCUCUUCUCAGCCGCAGCACCGGCGCUGCUCCAGCGCUCUGGCCAACGCUUUUUUCAGCAUCCGAAGAGACAUACGUGAAUGUCACUGCCACUGUGAGGAGGACACACAGAAAAAGAUUGACUCUGUGAUUGCUGAGUUUGACAAGCUGGACAUACACCAAGCUGCAAAGAAGGCCGUUGGAGAACUGGACACUGUGCUGGAGUGGCUGCAGGGGCUCAGCCAAAUUACACUCUCAUGAGCGCACUCAAAGCACACACACACUGCGAUCCCAAGGCGCCUGCUGCCGAUGGUCAAGGAUGCCAACUCCUGACCUGAACGUUACUUGUAAGCAGAGUGAGGGUUUAUUUAUUUCUCUUCUCUGCCACUGCAGCAAACAUCUCAUUUUUUCAUUCUUCUCAGAUUAAUGUAACAUGAAUUGUAUGCACUAACUUGUGGACUUUUGUUUUAUUUAUAUUUAUAAUAUUGCAUUGAUAUUUAUCGGUUAAUUUGUAUGUGUGC